GUUACUAGCAGGGCACGUUUUGUGUCGUCUGCAUCAGCACUCGUAUGACCGUGUUGUUGAUAGCCCGCUGGAGUUCUUAGUGUGCAUUUAAUACAGCUCUUGCGCUUCGAAGAUAGUGCGGUGUGUCGAAAGCCUACAGUGAGAGUUUGUCUUUGCGGUUGCGAGUUUAUUUUAUAUCGCUUGAGGUCCAAAGCGGUCGUUUCCGAUGCUCGUGACCAUUUCACCGAAAAUGAUUGGCGCCGCACCUUCGCUGUUUUCCUUCGGCACUGUACUUGCGUGCCUCAGCAAAGGAAGCCUACAAUCAUAAGACGAGAACGGCAGGGUCCACGGCCCUUAAUGCGAGAGGCGGUGGUGAACCGUUUGGUGUACGACAGUCACAACUACCGGAAAGCGUGGCCCAAUGUUCUCACCAGAGUCAACAAUUAGACGUGCCUGACAUAGAAGGUGCCCUGAAUGAAAGCUUAUCAAUGGUGUUGCAUCUAAGAAGACGCCAUGCAGCCUAUUUAAAGAAACUGACAUUUAUUGUCUUUGUUUUGAUUUACUGUGAGUUCAUCAUAUACUACGUUGUCAUCGGGAAAUGUUCCUGGCCUCACUUGACAAAAAGGGGCAGUUUUGUUGCUCAAGAUGAAGUGGAGCCCUUGAAGAUGAUGCUGCUUGCUGACACUCACCUUUUGGGUCCUAAACGUGGCCAUUGGUUUGAUAAACUACGCAGGGAAUGGCAGAUGCAUCGUACAUUUCAGACUGCAUUGACUCUGCACCGUCCUGAUGUCGUGACUUUUUUAGGGGAUGUCUUCGAUGAAGGCCAAUGGAGCAAUCAUGAAGAGUUCAGGGUGUAUAUGAAACGCUUCUGGGAUCUCUUUUACGUGCCUUCUCAUGUGAAAGUUAUUGUGGCUGUUGGGAACCAUGAUGUUGGUUUCCAUUACAGGAUGCACGAAUAUUUCGUAGAUCGGUUUGAAGAAAAUUUUAACACCUCAGCCGUGCACUUGACUGCAAUAAGGGGCAACUUAUUCGUCACUGUCAACAGUAUGGCAUUAUAUGGGGACAGCUGCAACUUCUGUGCUCGAGCUAGAAUGGAGUUGGGAAAGAUCAGGCACAAGCUGCGGUGUUCUGAGAGAAAGGAGAAAAAUUGCCGAAAGGAAGACAGACUAGAGACAAGUGGUCGACCUGUUAUACUCAUGCACUUUCCUUUGUAUAGGAGCUCUGACAGUGCUUGUUUAGAACCAGAUGCUGCACCUGCAGCAGAAAAGGAACAGUUGUUUCGUGAAAACUGGGAGUGCUUGUCACGAGAAGCAACAUCAAUGCUUCUGGAUAGCUUGAAUCCCCGUGCUGUUUUUACUGGCCACACCCAUCAUGGCUGUUUGACAAUGCACCGUAAAACCAUACCUGAAUGGACACUUCCAUCAAUAAGCUGGAGAAACAAGCGAAACCCCAGCUUUGCACUUGCAGUUUUUACACCAUAUGACAUGGCAAUGUCGAAGUGCUAUAUACCCAAGGAGACAACUGUGAUCUUUUUGUACAUCGCAUCAGUGGUUGUGCUGGUUCUUCUGUCACUACGGGGUCGGAGAAGAAUUUGGUGUGUAUUAUGCAGACACUUUAUUUUAUGUAAAGUAAAAGUAGAAGGCACAUGGCGAGUGAGAAGCGUACAUGUUUGCUGAGUGCUGACUCAUUUU